UCACUGUCGAGGCUUCUCAGCUGGUUUGCCAAACAUCCACAGAAAAAAAGAGAUGAGCAGGAAAACGAGACGAAGGAAACGACAACAAUUAAUUUUAAGCAGAGACAUAGCGACACAUCUAAAAUCUGUUUAGCGAUGUUCCUCAGCUGAAUUAUUAUAACCACCGCUGCUUCAGAGAGACGCACAUUCAAGGUCCGGUCAUCCCGCACAGUGUCGGAGUCUCCUGUCAUCUUCAAGAUUGGUGUUCCAUUACCUGGGGGCCAACACUUGACUUGCUCUUCCAUUGGACCAAGCAGUUAUGUGACAGAUUUAGAAGCAUCUAUUGACAUUGGAUGUGUAAAAAGGUCUAGUAGCAGCUCUGAAACCAAUUCGCUUACACCUAUGGCAACAAAUCACACAACAAAAGCAUUUGGUCAUAACCGAAUAUCAGAUAUACCCAAGAGAAACUUCUGAAGUUCUCUGUUAUAAACUUAUUCCUGCUGUCAAAAGUCUUCACUGAGUUUGAGUGUAUGGAUAUAGUGCUGACAACAGGCUUUUGUCAUGGUGGCCUGGUAUGUCUGAGCUAGUGUGGUGUCUCCGUUUCUAAUAGAAUGUUAGCAUAUGGCUAGCUACGUAUGAUGACAGUUGAUGCCAUUAUUCUAUUCCUUUUGAUCUCUGGCCCCUACAAGGGGGUAUACACUUGUUUGCAGUGGUACUCCCUUACCCCAUCAUCUUUUCAUUUUUCUUUCAUUCAAUCAUCCAUCCACCCACCCAGCAAUCCCCAGAUGUUAUUUUUGCUCCAUCAUUCACCCACUUCAGUCCUCAUCACUUUUGUACGGCACUAAGCACUCUAGCUCAGCCUAACUAAGCUCUGGGUCUUUAUGUGAUCCAAUUUUAUCCCUUGAAUUCAUCUCACAUCUGUCCCAUUUCCUUGCCACAGCCCUGUCUUGGCCAACCCCACUCAGAGUCUGGCCCAGCAAAGACCAUCCUAAAGUCUCAUAGUGAAGCCACUAGGCAGUUGUUUUGGUGGUUGUUUUGGUUGCAUGGAAUCGGCUUAACCGUGGAGAGGCCAGGCUACCACAAACUGAUGGACUUUGACAAGCGAGGAGUUGGGGGAGGUGGAGGAGGCGGCGGAGGGAAGGUGGAAACAGAGGAGGGGAAGAGGAUGUCUGCGAAGACAGGGAGUCGAUCAGGGCACGGUGGCCGAGGUGCUGGCUCCAACUCUGGAGUUCUGAUGGUCGGCCCAAACUUCCGAGUAGGAAAGAAGAUUGGCUGUGGGAACUUUGGAGAGCUUCGACUAGGAAAGAACCUAUACACCAAUGAAUAUGUGGCUAUCAAACUGGAACCCAUCAAGUCCAGGGCGCCACAGCUGCACCUAGAAUACCGCUUCUACAAACAGCUGGGAAGUUCAGAGGGUGUACCCCAGGUGUUUUACUUUGGACCAUGUGGUAAAUAUAAUGCUAUGGUUCUGGAGCUACUGGGACCAAGCCUAGAGGACUUGUUUGACCUCUGUGAUAGGACCUUCUCUCUGAAGACUGUACUCAUGAUAGCCAUACAACUGAUAACACGUAUGGAGUUUGUCCACACCAGAAGCCUGAUCUAUCGAGAUGUGAAGCCUGAGAACUUCCUGGUGGGCCGACCUGGCUCCAAACGGCAGCACACCAUCCACAUCAUUGACUUUGGCCUGGCUAAAGAAUACAUAGACCCAGAGACCAAAAAACACAUCCCAUACAGAGAACACAAGAGCCUCACUGGAACUGCCAGAUACAUGAGCAUCAAUACACAUCUGGGGAAAGAGCAAAGCAGGCGAGAUGAUCUGGAGGCUCUAGGCCAUAUGUUCAUGUACUUCCUUCGAGGCAGUUUACCUUGGCAGGGACUCAAGGCUGACACUCUGAAAGAACGUUAUCAGAAGAUAGGAGACACGAAGAGAGAUACACCAAUAGAGAUCCUUUGUGAGAACUUCCCAGAAGAGUUGGCCACCUACCUGCGGUACGUGCGUCGGCUGGACUUCUUCGAGAAACCGGACUACGACUAUCUGAGGAAACUCUUCACAGACCUCUUUGACAGAAAUGGAUUCAUCUUUGACUACCAGUAUGACUGGACUGGAAAGCCACUGCCCACUCCUAUUGGUCCAGUGGCCAGUGAGACUCCACUUCAGACGAGCAACCGAGAGAAGGCACCACAGACCAAAAACCAGUCUCCAGAGGGGAAAGGCAGUGAGUCCCAGCCCACUCCAGUGACCAAUCGAGAGCUGCUGGGCUCCCAUCUCACUGCUGAUAGGCUGGGCGGGUCUGUCCAGGUGAUGAGCUCAACCAAUGGGGAGCUAAAUACAGAUGACCCCACUGCAGGACACUCAAAUGCACCAAUCACAGCCAACGCAGAGGUGGAAGUGGCUGAUGAUACCAAGUGCUGCUGUUUCUUCAAGAGGAGGAAGAGGAAAGCUCUCCAGAGACACAAAUGAAAAUAAUAGGAGAGAGAAACACCUGCUCUCCUUUUCACUAUUUCUUUCUCAUCUCCUGUUCUGUCAUCCUCUUCAUAUAACCUCUCUCUCUCCCCCUGUCACUCCCCUUCUACGCCUCCUCCUCAUGGGGGUCCUAUAGUCCUCCGUGAGUCAUCAUAGACUGGCUGGAUCAGCAGGCAGUAGAAGAUUCUAAGCUGACCUCCUGGUAUCCGCUAAUCUAAACUGACCAGACACAGUAACAUGACUAUGCUGUUCCACCCAGGACUUUAAAUGUGGACUAAACUGAACCAGAGGUGGACUCUUCUUGUAUUUAUGGUCACAAACUGAACUAAAACUGGAUCAACACAUACUGCUGUGACCACAAAUUAACAGUUGAUAGACUUUGAAAGGCAUGGCAAUUGGCGGACGGUGAGGAUUCAGCUUGUUUCCUUGGAGACUGGCUGACUAGUUUUCUGUUUUUUCUUCCUUGCUGACUGGUUCAGAGGAGAGAGACGAGAAGACAACAAAAGGAUGUGAUGCAAGUAGACUGUCAGACCACACACACACAAACAAAACACAUGCACACACGUAGAAAUACACUGCACACUGUAUUGAGCUCAUCGUGAAGAGAUUCCUUAGACAAAAGGUUGCAUCUCUCAAACAUUGUCGAUAAAAAUGUUAUUCCCUGGGGUAAAAGGAAGUACACAGUGUUAAAUCUCCUGCAACAGAUUGGGCUCAGUGUACUUAACAGAUGCAUUCACCCCUCAGAGGAAAACCUCACACCAACCAGAGUCAAAAGUUUAAAAGAGAUGUUUAUGUAAAAACUAUGCUUUUUUCUGUUUUAAUUUGUAACUAAAAAGUCUGUCUGCAAUUUGAA